GUGAGUCUGAGCAUCGCGAUUAUUGCCAUGGUGAACAGCACCCACCAGCAUGGUCUACCCAAUGCCUCCGCAGAAGGGCCUUUUGUAGACACCUUGAAUAACCCCAGCAAAUCCAUCAAAAAAUUCAAUAGGGGGGCCUCUGUUUAUGAAUGGAGCCCAGAGACUCAGGGCAUCAUCUUUAGCUCCAUCAGCUAUGGGAUAAUACUGACCCUGAUCCCGAGUGGAUAUUUAGCAGGAAUAUUUGGAGCAAAACAGAUGCUCGGUGCUGGUUUGCUGAUCUCCUCCCUUCUCACUCUCUUCACACCGCUGGCUGCUGACUUUGGAGUGAUCCUGGUGAUUGUGAUUCGGACAGUCCAGGGCAUGGCUCAGGGAAUGGCAUGGACAGGUCAGUUUACAAUUUGGGCAAAAUGGGCUCCCCCGCUUGAACGAAGCAAGCUCACUAGCAUUGCAGGAUCAGGGUCAGCCUUUGGAUCCUUCAUCAUUCUCUGUGUGGGGGGACUAAUCUCACAGGCCUUGGGCUGGCCUUUUAUCUUCUAUAUCUUUGGUAGCAUUGGCUGUGUCUGCUGCCUCCUGUGGUUCACGGUGAUUUAUGAUGACCCUGUGCAUCAUCCUUGCAUAAGUGUCAGGGAAAAGGAGCACAUUGUAUCCUCAGUGGCUCAGCAGAGUGGGCUUCUGUCUUCCCUGCCUUUUAUUGCUGCUUCAAGUUGUACAAUUCUAGGAGGUCAGUUGGCAGAUUUCCUUCUGUCCAGGAAUCUUCUCAGAUUGAUCACUGUACGAAAGCUCUUCUCGUCCCUUGGACUCCUCCUUCCAUCACUCUGUGCUGUGGCCCUGCCCUUUGUGGCCUCCAGUUACAUAACAACCAUUAUUUUGCUGAUACUUAUUCCUGGGACCAGCAACCUGUGCGACUCGGGGUUCAUCAUCAACACCUUAGAUGUGGCCCCCAGAUAUGCAAGUUUCCUCAUGGGACUCUCAAGGGGAUUUGGGCUCCUCGCUGGAAUCAUCUCUUCCACUGCCACCGGAUUCCUUAUCAGUCAGGAUUCUGUGUCUGGAUGGAGGAAUGUCUUUUUCCUGUCUGCUGCUGUCAACAUGCUUGGCCUGGUUUUUUAUCUCACCUUUGGACAAGCAGAAAUCCAGAGCUGGGCCAAGGAGAGGCCUCUUACCCGUCUUUGAGGAUACAGAGUUGCAAACUUACAUAUAGUAUU